AUGAGUGCUAGCAUAUGUCAAUUAGUGUUAAGAGGUUUUCAACCACCUGGACAACUAUUAUGUUGUGAGAAAGAUAGUAUCUGUUUAAAUAAUGCACCUAUCUGUUCUUCCACUAAUAAAAUGGCUCAAUGUUGGUUUAUUAACCAGUUAGAUUCUUGUACGCGAAAGGAUGCUUUGGCUAUGACAGUUUGUCAAUAUAAGGAUGGUGUCUAUUGUCUCAAGGGACAAACCGACCAAUCAUAUGACCGUAGCAAAUUAUCAUGGAGUGCAAUAGAUUUGGCAUUAAGUCGUAAUAAUUUGUCCAAUUCAAAUAAUGGUUUUACUAUGAAUUAUGAUAAUUUUCCUGUUCCCGUUCCUGAUCAAAAUCCAAAUGAAUAUAUAUUUUGUUCAGAUGCCAUGUCUUCGGGAGUCUGUCAAAUUCAAGAUAGUAAUGGGUAUAAGCCUUUUUACUACCUAGUAGAAGUAUGUAAUAAUGCAUUUGACGUUAUAAAUUCUUCUCCCCAAAUAUCCAAUGCUACUGUUACUGUUAUGGCUACUACUACUACUACAGCUACUGCGACCGUUACACAAACAGUCACAGUUAAAGCGUCUAGUGGUUUCUCUAUUCAUUCAGAGGUGUCUUCUCUACCACUUGUAAUGUUGCUGAUUACUAUUUUUGUAAAUAUAAUCGUGGGGAAAUUGAGAAUAUAA